AUGUCUGCCGAUUUCAAGGGCAAGCUGGCCAUCAUUACCGGAGCUUCAAAGCUGAACGGCAUUGGUUAUGCAACGGCACAGAUUUUUGCGAAGGGCGGAGCCGACCUUGUACUUACCUAUAAUUCCAAUAAGGUAGCCGUGCAGGGUGUUGUUGACAAGAUUCAAGCCCUCGGUGUUAAAGUCGUUGCUGUUCAAGCCGACGCCGGCUCCCCGACUUUCGGAGAGGAUUUGAUUGAUGCCACCGUCAAGGCUUUCCCUGGCCGCAAGAUUGACAUUAUCGUCAACAAUGCCGGGCAUGCUACCUUUCAAGAGUCGCCCAAGGUCGCUCCAAUCGAGGAAUUCGAUGCCCUCUUUCACCCCAAUGUCAGGGGACCCCAGUUGCUCAUCACUGCGGCUCUUCCUCAUCUAAGUUCUCCAGGCGGACGCAUCGUCAAUAUCGGUAGCGUGGUAGCCAGGACGGGAGCCAAGUACUGCUCUCUCUACUCCAGCACCAAGGCUGCACUGAAUACAUUGAGUCUUGCCUGGGCUGAAGAGCUUGGUGGUCUGGGCAUUACGGUAAACGUGGUCGCGGCAGGCCCGACUGACACCGACUAUGCACCACCGGAGGAAGCACCUCUGACUCAGAAAUUUAGAGCCCAGCAGUAUAUUAAGCGAAAUGGAACUGCCGAGGAGAUUGCAAAUGUAAUUGCAUUUGCGGCAAGCCCGGGUGCGAGCUACUUGACCGGGCAGGUUCUAGGCGUAGACGGCGGUUUGGCUCAUCCAUAA